AGGACCACGCCGGACGCAUUUUCCUUCGUUUCUCUUUUUCUCACUCGGGAACAGUUUGUUGCUAAUUCGGUGCGAUCGGAGACUCCCACAAAACAAACGUGUUUAUCCUGUUGUUAUUUUUUUUAUUGGUGAUUGUUUCCGGAUUGGUGGUUGCAAAAGUUCGCAAGUGGCGAAAAGUACUCUAUUGUGUGUUUCCUUACUGGUGGGGUGACGCGACUUGAAUUGUAUCAGGGUGAUUGCCGUCCAACGUUCGUGCAUAAUUUACCAACCGCCAAGCUAUUAAUUAAGUAUGUGAUUGUGAGUUCAACAGCGGCUGUGAUUUGUGAUGAAAUGAAAUGAAAACUAUACUACAGCGAUAAGCAAAGUAAAUUGGGUGUUGUAAGCAAUAUCCUGACGAGCAGUUAAUAUUUGCUGUAUUUCGAAGUUAAUUUUCCUGAUCCUUUAAGAAUUUCUGUAUGAACGUUCUAAGCACUCGGAGUAUUGUUAAGACUCGAUACGUAUUCCAACAACGAGUAGAGCUUAGUAAAACAACCUGAAUUACAACUGCCAAAAUGGACGAGAAAAAAGUGAAAUCAAACCCCGAACCGGUGGUGCCACAGUUUGUCGCCAGCGAUUUCAACUCCACCACAAAACUAGCAGACAACCAAACCGAAGAUGACGAAUACAAUCCAUUCGAGCAUCGACAAACUGAAAAUCCUAACAGUACUAGCGGAUCUCUCGCCCAUCUACUCAAAAGUUCCUUGGGUACCGGUAUUCUGGCGAUGCCGGUGGCAUUCAAAAAUGCCGGUCUCCUCUUCGGUGCCAUUGGUACAGUGAUAAUAGGUAUAAUCUGUACACAUUGCGUACACAUUCUGGUCAAAACCUCACACGACGUAUGCAAAAGGACGCGAAUACCGGUACUGGGCUUUGCGGAAACUGCCGAACGUGUGUUCCAGUAUGGACCCAUUAAGCUACGGGGGAUGGCCAACUUUUCGCGGAACUUUGUGGAUUACGGCCUCAUGGCAACGUACUACAGCGCCGGAUGCGUGUACAUUGUUUUCAUCGGAAGCUCACUGGCCAAGGUGUCAAAUGCGACGUUCGAUCUGGACUGGGAUGUACGGAUCUACAUUCUGUUUACGAUGAUCCCGGUUCUGGUGAUCGGCCAAAUUCGCCAGCUGAAAUUCCUCGUUCCGUUCUCGGCCUUGGCCAACGUGUUCAUUGUGAUCACUUUCGGGAUUACGCUGUACUACAUCUUCAAGGACCCGCUUGUAUUCAAUGAUAAGCCCGGAUUUGCCUCGCUUGCAACGUUACCGCUAUUCUUCAGCACGGUAAUCUUUGCAAUGGAAGGCAUCGGUGUUGUAAUGCCCGUGGAAAAUUCGAUGGCUAAACCGCAACAUUUCCUUGGUUGUCCAGGAGUGUUGAACACUGCUAUGGCAACCGUCAUAACUUUGUAUGCCGUCAUCGGUUUCUUCGGCUAUGUGCGCUAUGGAGAGGCCUCAGCUGGAAGUGUAACACUGAAUUUACCGACGGACGAUGUCUUGUCCAAAGUCGCACAACUGCUGAUUGCCGUCGCCAUUUUGUUCACCUUCGGUCUACAGUUCUAUGUCCCGAUGGACAUUCUGUGGAGGAAGGUUCAAGAGAAAAUUCCAAAGGACAAACACAACAUUUCGCAGAUUGCCAUCCGGACCGGCAUAAUGAUCUUGAUGGGAGGUGUGGCACUGGCUGUUCCUGAUCUGGAGCCAUUCAUCGGUCUAGUGGGAGCAAUCUUUUUCUCCAGCCUCGGGCUGCUAGUCCCGUGCGUGGUGGAGACAGUGUUUCUGUGGCCAAAUGAGUUGGGGAUGUUUAAGUGGAUUUUGGUUAAAAAUAUUAUCUUUGGGGCGUUUGCAAUAUUCGCUCUGGUCGCAGGAUCGUACGUCAGUAUUGAGGAAAUCGUCAAACUGUACACCGGAAGUGAUCACACGGAAUAAACGUGAGGAAGAAGAACAUCCAACCUAGUUAUGCCAUCUUACAUUAAGAUAAUCUUGAUGGAAGGAAUCUUUCCGUUGAGACUACAGAGCUGUGCGUUUUUUAUUUCUUUCGAAAGUAACGAAUGAUAUCAUGAACAGUAUGUCCAAAGCUUGCAACACGAAUCCGGAAGCGUGGGGCAGGUUUACGAGAGUCUAUUUUUAGCUGUACAUUGUUUGAAAUAGCAUGUAAUGCCUUGUUUCAAAAUAUUGUAUAAGUUUUAAAUGUAUAUGUAUUAAUAAAUUUUCAACCAAAAUA